AUGCCAGGUUGCGAUAGAAUAUCCCUGCACCGUUUAUGUCGGCUCUACAGUACCAGUCGAUUCACUUAUGUUCUGGUUCCGAGUUCUCUCAAUGGCGACGCCCCCCACUCGACUUCAAACCUCAACCAACCCUCACGCUUGUCGUGGCGUCCAAUCGAUAGCGCACGGCUGAACCUUGGCCAACAGUUUUCAAGCAAUAAUCUCAGCAGAUUAUCACCAGCAUCACUCUCCCAAGAUGAUUGGCUCAAUGGCCCCAAUCGGUUGGAUACGCCCACGGAUGCGAAAAACUUUCCAAAAGUCGUUGGUCCUCCAAAACCGCCGGGACCAGAAGAUUGUUGCAUGUCAGGCUGCGCAAUCUGUGUGUAUGACAUCUACGCCCAGGAAUCAGAAGAAUAUCUGGAGUCAUUAAAGCACAGGAACGGACUCAAUCAAAAUGAAGACACCAGCAACAUUCAAGAGACAAGCAUGAAAUUAGCAGAAGAGAUAGACGAUCAAGUGAUUUUGAAUAACAGUCUUAAAAUAUUCGCCCAAUUCGAAAAAACCAAGCAUCGUUGA